CAUCAUCCCAGUCAAUUGCAUCAUUUAAAUCAGAAUUGGAAGAUUCACCUUUGUUUUUUGUCACAUCCCCUUCCUUCUCACCAAUAGCUAGGAUUUGUGAUUUUUCGGCCAUAAUUGAAAAAAAAAACAGAACAAAAGGAAACAUAGCAAAGAAACAGGAAACAAUUGCAAAAUCAACAGGAAAACUCGAUCAAAAAUCGAGACACACUUUGAAAAACAGGAAAACCUAGCCCCAAGCGACUAGAAGAAACCCUCCCAAGGAAAACCCGGAGGGAAAUUUUUUUGUUUGUAAUUGUCACGCCUAAAUAGAUUGGUUCAUCACAAAACCUUAAAACCAUGAACAUUAAUGUAAUGUAUGAGGGGUUAUGCUAGAAGAGGUUUUAGUUUCUUCAUCUCCCACUUCACUCAACGACCUGUUAUAGUCUCUAUCCCUUCAACACCUUUACAUUUCACUCCUUUUUCCCAUUUCAGAUUCUGGGUUUCUGGAAAAACCAGGUUUUUAUCUGAAAAAACCAGGUUUUCUUCAUCAUCUCUUCAAGUUAUGGGGCUUCAAUCAGAGUCUGUUGAUGGGGUUUCUUUGGAAUGGCCUGCUAAGAAAGUUCGAGACACUUUCAUCAAAUAUUUUGAAGGAAAAAACCAUGCUUUCUGGAAAUCAAGCCCUGUUGUUCCUGUUAAUGAUCCUACUUUGCUCUUUGCUAAUGCUGGUAUGAAUCAGUUCAAGCCGAUUUUUCUGGGGAACGUCGAUCCUAACAGUCCUUUGAGCGAAUUGAAGCGAGCUUGCAACACUCAAAAGUGUAUUCGAGCUGGUGGGAAGCACAAUGAUCUCGACGAUGUUGGGAAGGAUACUUACCAUCAUACAUUCUUUGAAAUGCUUGGCAAUUGGUCCUUUGGUGAUUACUUUAAGAAAGAGGCCAUUCAAUGGGCCUGGGAACUCCUGACCAAGGUUUAUGGCCUUCCUGCUAAUCAAAUUUAUGCUACCUAUUUCGGUGGAGAUGAGAAAGCAGGACUUGUUGCUGACACGGAGGCCAAGGAGAUUUGGCUCAACUACUUGCCUCCUGAGCGUGUGUUACCUUUUGGUUGCAAGGACAACUUCUGGGAGAUGGGCGAUACUGGUCCUUGUGGACCUUGUACUGAGAUUCACUUCGAUAGGAUUGGGAAUCGUGAUGCUGCAUCACUGGUUAAUAAUGAUGACCCUACAUGUAUCGAGAUUUGGAAUCUUGUAUUUAUUCAGUUCAACAGAGAAACUGACGGUUCCCUGAAAUCCCUUCCUGCAAAACACGUUGAUACGGGAAUGGGUUUUGAAAGAUUGACAUCGAUUCUUCAGAAUAAGAUGAGUAAUUAUGAUACUGAUGUCUUCAUGCCCUUGUUCGAUGCUAUUCAACAGGCAACUGGGGCUCGCACUUAUUCUGGAAAAGUUGGUGAUGAUGAUGUAGACAAAGUUGAUAUGGCCUAUAGGGUUGUUGCUGAUCAUAUAAGAACUCUCUCUUUUGCAAUUGCUGAUGGUGCUUGUCCAGGUAAUGAGGGUCGUGAAUAUGUAUUAAGGCGCAUUCUUCGUCGUGCUGUUCGUUAUGGAAAUGAAGUACUAAAUGCCAAAGAAGGGUUUUUUAAUGGGUUGGUACCUACUCUGGUGAAUUUGAUGGAUGAUAUUUUCCCGGAGCUGAAGCAGCACGAGAAACAUAUCAAAGAUGUCAUUGCAGCUGAGGAGACUAGUUUUGGGAAAACAUUGCUUAAGGGUAUUGAAAAAUUUAAGAAGGCUGCCCAGGAGGUUGAUGGGAAGACAUUGACUGGCCAGGAUGCAUUUUUAUUGUGGGACUCUUAUGGCUUUCCAUUAGAUUUGACCCAGUUAAUGGCAGAGGAAAGAGGUUUAACUGUUGAUACUAAAGGUUUUAUUGAUGCUAUGGCGGAAGCAAGGGAAAGAUCAAGAAGUGCUCAAAAUAAGCAAGCUGGUGGAGCAAUUACGAUGGAUGCAAAUGCGAUGGCAUUAUUAUACAACAAUCAAGUUCCAACCACUGACGACUCUAGCAAGUACAUCUGGUUCAAGGAUCAUGACAGCACCAUUCGAGCUGUUUACACUGGAUCUGAGUUUUUGGAAUCUGCUGAAGCUGGCCAGGAAAUUGGUGUUGUACUGGAGUCCACAAGUUUCUAUGCUGAGCAAGGUGGUCAGAUCUUUGACACUGGAUCAAUUGAUGGCCCACAUGGUAGUUUUAAAGUUUCUAAUGUCCAAGCGUUUGGCGGUUUCGUUCUACAUAUUGGUUCUAGUGAAACUGGUAGAUUAUCUGUUGGUGAUAAAGUCACUUGCAAGGUGGACUAUAAUAGGCGUCAACUCAUUGCCCCCAACCAUACCUGUACUCACAUGUUAAACUUUGCUCUCAGGGAAGUUCUUGGGACUCAUGUUGAUCAGAAGGGAUCUAUUGUCCUUCCUGAGAAAUUAAGAUAUGAUUUUUCUCAUGGCAAGCCUGUUCAAAGUGAAGAAUUGAGGAAAAUAGAAAGCAUAGUGAAUGAACAAAUUAAAGCUGAAUUAGAUGUAUAUGCAAAAGAGGCAAAACUUACUGAUGCCAAGCGUGUAAAUGGUCUUAGAGCUGUAUUUGGAGAAAUAUACCCUGAUCCUGUGAGAAUAGUAUCAAUUGGUAAAAAGGUGGAAGAUCUCUUGGCCGAUCCAGAAAAAGAAGAGUGGUCACAAUACUCUGCUGAACUUUGUGGAGGAACCCAUAUAUCUAAUACAAAAGAAGCUAAGGCAUUUGCUCUUUUAUCUGAGGAGGGAAUUGCCAAAGGAAUUCGUAGAGUGACUGCUGUUACAUCUGACAUUGCAUUGGAAGCAUUUAAAUCGGCAUGCUCCCUUGAGCAAGAAGUGAUUGAUGCAUCAAACAUAGAAGCAAGCCUGCUAGAGAAGAAAGUCGCAGCUCUGAGAAGCAGUGUAGAUGCAGCAUCCAUUCCAACAGCCAAGAAAAGUGAUAUUCGGCUGAAGAUUUCCUUGCUUCAGGACCAAGUGCGGAAUGCACAGAAAAGAUUGGCUGCUGAGAAUCGUCAAAAAGUAGUCGAGAUUGCCAGUGAGAGGGCAGAGGCUGCUGUUGCAGAGGGGAAGACCUUCUGCAUCUCUCGUGUUGAUGUUGGUGUAGAUGCUUCUGCUGUCAAAAUCCUCAAGGAAGCUAUACAGGAAGUGAUACAGGAGAAGAAGAUACCAAUCAUGGUCUUUAGUGUGGAUGAAUCUGCAAAUAAGGCUAUUGUUUAUGCUGGAGUUCCCGGCAAGGACAACAAAUGCGAGGGCUUAGAAGUGUCUGAAUGGUUAACAGUUGCUUUGGGUCCACUGAAGGGAAAGGGCGGUAAAGGAAAAGGUGGUCUCGCUCAAGGCCAGGGUACUGAUGCAUCAAAUGUUGAGGAGGCCAUAAAACUGGCAGUCAAUUUCGCAUCAAUGAAGCUGAACUGUUAACUGCAUUUUGAGUAUUGACAGAUCAAACCUUGUGGCUGCCUGUGCAAUUCUGAUUGCUGUUCCUCGGCCUUUAUCCCUCAGCACGUUUUAUGAAAAUGGGUGAUAUUGAGCCAUUUUUGCGAGAAGGUGGCUUGCAGAUUUAUUACUUAUUUAUAGAAUUACGAUGUCAUUUCAUAUCAUAUUUAUACUAGCUUACAGAUUUUCAAGAAAAUGUAUUUUACCUUUCCAUAUUGGGAUUACUGAAGCUGUUACAAUAUUUAACCACUAAUAGAGAAAUGCCAUAUUUUUGUAGCCUGAUGGAACAA